GCUAGAGGGAGCGACUGGACUAGGAGUCAUCCUCUAUUCAUGAGUAAUUAGCGUAGCGUGUCCGGCUAGUUCGGAACGUUUGGUACCACACCGGUCUCAAGAGCGCGAUUGCUAUACGUGCAACUAGGAAGAGCGCAAGUGGAUUUUAUUCUUGAAGACCGCCCCUGUCGCGCGCGCGCUCAUCAAGCCCUUCUGCACCAUGGCGUCCUUCGAGGCAGCUGCUGAGGAAGUGAAACAGUUGAAGACUACUCCUUCGGACGAUGAGCUGCUGGAACUGUACGCUCUUUUCAAACAAGGAACCGUGGGUGACGUGAACACAGCUCGCCCCGGCAUGCUGGACUUCAAGGGCAAGUACAAGUGGGACGCCUGGGAAAAGAAGAAGGGCACCACCCAGGACGCCGCCAAGGAGGCGUACAUCGCCAAGGUCGCCGAGCUGGUCGCCAAGUACGGCAAGAACUAGGCGACGUCGAGUGGCUUUUGCACAAAUGGUCCGCCAGCACAAACGUUCCUUUGCGAGUCUCAUUAAGUUUCAAGGUGUGGAUUGUCAGUGAAAUUCGCACAGUCUUUACAGUAAUGUAUAUGCUCAACACCCGGUGAUGAAAUAGUUUCUUUGUGUUUUCUCAUUUAUUUUAUAUGAUCGAUUUUAUGUUGAUAUUUCAAUGCAUAUUUUUAUGUUUAUACUUUUAAAAGAAUGUACCGAAUGUUUAUAAGUAUGUGUAUUUUUGAGAUUGCGUAAUAAAAAUGCGGUUUGUUAAUCGAAACCUUAA